UGACUCUAUGUCAAUUCUAAAUACAUUUAGAAGCUUUUAAUUAUCUAAAAUAAUUUCUCAAAUUUAAUCUCCUAAUUUAUUUUCAUAAUUAGUAAUUAGUUGUUUGAUUACUUUUUGAAAAAAGAAAUUGGCAAAAUGGAUAUAUAAAAGAAAAUCUUCCGUUUUGCAUGAUUGUAAGCAUGGUAUUCAUGACGCUUAACCCACACGUUCUCUCACCAUUUUUUCUUACAACUAAUGCUCUCUCAACCUCCGCCCUUCUCCGGUCCGGCGCUCCGACGAGGUUCCGGUCAACGGGCAGUGGCGGCAGGUGUAUUUCUCUUUUUCAUGUGUGCGACGGUUAACAAUCAGAGACUUAGUGGGGGAAAAGAAGUUAACGACGGUUAACAAUGGCGGAUUCGAAAUCACCCCCAUUUUCUCAGCAUCUCCGAUUGCAAAUUUAAACUCAAAUACCGUUCCAUUCAUGAACCGCUCAUUUCUUAGUAGAGGAAUAUUGGAAUCAGACGUUUCAGGAAGCUUGUUGCGUUACAGAACUAAGAGUUCUCAUGUUUACAGUGUUAGAAGCUUUGGUGCCCGAGCAAAUGGCUUGACAGAUGAUAGCAACGCCUUCUUAGCAGCAUGGAGGACGGCCUGUGACUCAGCUGGAGUUGUAACUUUCCUGAUUCCAAAAGGAACCUAUCUGGUUGGUCCGGUUAAAUUUUCUGGCCCUUGCAAAAAUGUGUCAUCUCUGACAGUUAAAAUGAAGGGCUAUUUGAAGGCAUCAACAAACCUGUCGAAAUAUGGUUCUGGUGCAGGCUGGAUUGAAUUCAGAUGGAUGGAGGGGCUAACCUUGACCGGAGGUGGAACCUUUGAUGGUCGAGGCUCUGAGGCAUGGCCAUUCAACAACUGCCGCGAUGACUACAAUUGCAAACUCCUUCCUACUAACUUGAAAUUUGUGGCUUUGAAUAAUACGGUUGUUCAACACAUAACUUCGCUGAACAGCAAGUUCUUUCACCUGGCUUUAGUUCAAUGCAAGGGGUUCAUAGGUAGCAAACUCAAGAUUUCUGCUCCAGAAAAUAGUCCUAACACCGAUGGCAUCCACAUUGACCGAAGUUCUAAUGUCCAUUUUUCUUUAUCACAUAUUCAAACGGGUGACGACUGCAUAUCCAUCGGACAAGGGAACUCUGAAGUCACAAUCUCUAGCAUCAACUGUGGACCUGGCCAUGGGAUCAGUGUCGGAAGCUUGGGAAGAUAUCGAAAUGAAGGAGACGUAAGCGGAUUAGUAGUUAAAAAUUGCAGCCUCACAGGUACCGCCAAUGGGAUCAGAAUCAAGACAUGGCCAAACUCUCCUGGCAGCAGCUCAGCCACAAACAUGACAUUUGAGAACAUUACCAUGAACAAUGUGUCCAAUCCAAUUAUCAUUGAUCAAUCAUACUGUCCAUUCGGAUUUUGUUCUUUCAAGGCACCAUCUCUUGUGAAGCUGAGUGAUAUUUAUUUCAAGAACAUUAGAGGAACAUCUUCCUCUAAAGUGGCUGUGGCAUUAGAAUGCAGCAAGGGAUUCCCAUGUCAGAACGUGAACCUUGAAAAUGUUCACUUGGAUCUUUCAUCAGGGGAAAAUCAUCCAUCUUCUACUUGCAAAUAUGUUAGAGCCAGGUAUAUUGGCACCCAAAUCCCACCCCCUUGUGCUUAGAUUUACAAAUCAUAUGUUUCUAGUUUGUUUAUUAUGUUGCAAACCAUAUUCUCUUAUGUUUUUAAACAUUAGCCUAAACUGUCUAGUUAAUUAUUAUACUAUCUUGUGUUC